AUGCAUGAUGACCUCACAAGGGACCUUCGCAACCUCAACCGCCUUGCCAAGGUGAUGAGGCAGCGGCGCAUAGACAGGGGAGCACUCACACUGGCAUCACCGGAAGUCAAGUUUGAGAUUGACACCGAGACACACGACCCCCUCGACGUUGGCAUGUACCUGGUGCGGGAGGCCAAUCACAUGAUAGAGGAGUUCAUGCUGGCAGCCAAUGUGUCCGUAGCUGACAAGAUCCUCCAGCACUUCGCCUCCUGCUCGCUGCUCAGGCGACACCCCACCCCAUCGCCCAACAUGUUUGAGCCGCUGCUGCGCACAGCAGAGGCGGUGGGGAUUGCAGUUGACACCUCCUCCUCCAAGAAUCUUGCUGACUCGCUUGACCGCGCUGUGGGCCCUGACCCCUACUUUAACAAGCUUAUCCGAAUCCUCACCACUCGCUGCAUGACUCAGGCGGUGUAUUUUCCCAGCGGCCAGCUGGCCCCUGCAGAGUACCAGCACUACGGGCUGGCAGCCCCCAUCUAUACCCACUUCACUUCCCCCAUCCGUCGCUACGCUGACGUGGUGGUGCAUCGCCUGCUGGCUGCAGCCAUAGGGUUGACACCGCUGCCGGAUCAGACCAAGGAUAAGACUGCACUCACCGCCCUCACUGACAACCUCAACUAUCGCAACCGCAAUGCUCAGAUGGCGGGGCGAGCAUCAGUGGAGCUUCACACGCUCAUAUUCUUCCGCACUCGCCCAACGGAUGCGGAGGGUCGGAUAGUGAUGGUCCGCUCCAAUGGGCUGAUCGUCUUCGUGCCCAAGUAUGGCAUCGAGGGACCAGUCUAUCUCGUACCCAAGGAACCUCCCAAGGGGAAAGCUGCUGCAGUUGCUGCUGCCAACAAGCUCGAUGGGAAUGCACCAUCUAGUGACUGGGUGGUGGAUGAGAAGUCGCAGACGGUAGAGUCGAAAGACGGGAAGCGGCGAUUUAAGGUGUUGGAUACAGUGACUGUGCACAUUGAGGUCAUUGAGCCGCAGCCCAAUCGGCCCAAGCUGUCACUGACGUUAGUGAGCCAAUGA